AUGGAAACUGAAGAUUCUAACGUUUCAAGAGCUGAAGAAAUCAAAGUCUUGGCCAAUGAAGCAUUCAAAGCCCACAAAUAUGGACAGGCUAUUGAUCUGUACACGCAAGCUAUUGAAGUAAAUGGUGAGAAUGCAGUUUACUGGGCUAAUCGUGCAUUUGCCCACACUAAACUGGAGGAAUAUGGCAGUGCAAUACAGGACGCUUCGAAGGCCAUUGAAAUCGAUCCUAAAUAUUCAAAGGCAAAGCAAACAUAUCUUGAGUUUUUUGGUUAUUACAGGCGAGGAGCUGCUUAUCUUGCCGUGGGAAAAUUCAAAGAUGCACUAAAGGACUUCCAACAGGUGAAGAAAUUAUGCCCAAAUGAUCCUGAUGCUUCAAAGAAAUUAAAGGAGUGUGAGAAGGCAGUAAUGAAGCUUAAGUUUGAAGAAGCAAUUGCUGUUCCUCAGUCUCAGAGGCGCUCAGUGGCUGAUUCUAUUGAUUUUCAUUCAAUAGGGACUAGCCCCAGUUCAUCAUCCAUGCCCGCCCAAGUGGCCAUAGCAUCAGUAGCCGUAGCAGUUGUUGCAGCAGCUGUGAUGUUGGUGGGAAUGGCAAAACCUGCUGUGGUGGUAGCAGUGCUAAUGGUGAUACUGCUGGUCCUAGGGGCAUUUUGGUGGGGUAGCUGCUGGGGUAGUGGUGUUUUUACCAAGAGAGGAGUAAUGGACUUAGAUGUGGAGCCACAGUACUCCGGUGCAAGGAUAGAGGGGGAUAUUGUUACUUUGGAUUUUGUCAAGAAAAUGAUGGAUGACUUCAAGAAUCAAAAGUGCUUACACAAACGAUAUGCAUUCCAGAUUGUCUUACAAACAAGAGAAAUGUUGCAAGCUCUGCCUUCUUUGGUUGAUAUAAAUAUUCCUGACGGCAAGCAUUUCACCGUUUGUGGUGAUGUACACGGUCAGUUCUAUGACCUGUUAAACAUUUUUAAGCUGAAUGGGCUUCCCUCGGAAGAGAAUCCAUACCUGUUUAAUGGCGACUUUGUGGACAGGGGAUCGUUUUCCUUGGAAGUCAUCCUCACACUGUUUGCUUUCAAGUGCAUGUGUCCAUCAGCUAUAUAUCUUUCUAGAGGAAACCAUGAAAGCAAGAGUAUGAACAAGAUGUACGGUUUUGAGGGUGAGGUCAGAUCCAAGUUGAGCGAGACUUUUGUUGAACUCUUUGCAGAAGUCUUCUGUUGUUUACCUUUGGCUCAUGUAAUAAGUGGGAAGGUAUUUGUGGUACAUGGAGGUCUUUUUAGUGUUGAUGGGGUGAAACUAUCUGACAUUAAAGCUAUCGAUAGGUUUUGUGAACCUCCAGAGGAAGGAUUGAUGUGUGAACUGCUAUGGAGUGAUCCACAGCCUUUCCCUGGAAGAGGUCCUAGCAAGCGAGGUGUAGGGCUUUCUUUUGGUAAAGAUGUGACGCAGAGGUUUUUGCAGGACAAUAGCCUAGAUUUAGUUGUGCGAUCUCAUGAAGUAAAGGAUGAAGGAUAUGAGAUCGAGCAUGAUGGUAAACUGAUCACUGUGUUUUCUGCUCCAAAUUAUUGUGAUCAGAUGGGUAACAAAGGUGCUUUUAUUCGAUUUGAAGCCCCUGAUUUGAAGCCAAAUAUUGUUACAUUCUCAGCAGUGACUGGUGGGGUGCGGCAGUUGGGUUGGAGCACAAGUGAUGGGGGAUAUUGCUUCCUUGUGUUUGAAUUUCAUUCAUCCUAUAAUGAUACUGCAAGAUUGAUGAUGUCCUUUUGUGCUUUCAAUAUGCAGCCUCACCCUGACGUUAAGCCUAUGGCAUAUGCGAACAACUUCCUGCGAAUGUUCUCAUAA